AUGGAGGAUGAAAGGGAUGGGGAUUUGAGGGUACCUUUAAUCUCCUCCCUCUUCUUCAUUUUGGUAUUCGCAGGCGGUAUUUUAUUAACAUUUUAUGUAUUUGCUCCAAGCAUUUCCCAGCCAUGGUUUCCUAUGAUUGCGUUUCUUUUGAUUGGUUCACCUUGGGUGUUUUGGUUGUUAACCUAUUUGUACACGUGCUUUAAGGGUUGUUGUGGUAGAGCAAUACCGUAUUCCUAUGAUCAUCAGGUUUCAAGGCGUGUGGUUCAUCCUCAUCCAGUAACCCCUAGGCAUAGUGUUGUGCCUAAUCAAGCAAAGGCUAUGAGUAGAUCGAGGUCCACAGAUGUUUCACCAAAGGCAAGCUGUUCGAGCAAUGUAGGUUCAAGGCAUGUGCAUUUUGGGGAGGUGGUGGUGGUAGAAAGCGAUGGAAGCAAGGUUGUCCAUGAGGUGGAUUCCUGGACGAAUUCAACCAAAGCAAUAGAAAUUGAUGAGCCAUAUUUAAAUGAAUCUUGA